AUGAAAUGCCUAACGGUCAUGGUCCGAUUAAUAUUGUUGAAAUUUUUCCAGCAAGAACCUGGUGGGAAUGCCACAGAAAUAUUAAACGGAAUCAGAUUUGUACGUCCUGGAAAUGAUUUUAUACCAAGUUUUCAGUUAUGUCAAAAAUCUGAUAUCAAUGGUAAAAAUGAGCUUCCCAUGUUUACAUAUCUAAAGGCCUAUUGUCCGACGACAAGAGACGGUUUUGAAGAUACAACGGUAUUAUUUUGGAAGCCAUUAAAAAACAACGAUGUUAAAUGGAAUUGGGAAAAAUUUUUAAUAACAAGAAAGGGAAUGCCAUAUAUGAGAUACGAUCCGAGCACAGAACCGGAUGCAAUACGUCCGGAUAUUGAAUUUCUUUUACAAAAUGAUAUUUAA